AUGUGCACCUCCUUACUGCUGGUCACUGGUGGUGGUGGAUGCGCUACCGCUUGCUGCUUCAGUGAUCUCAUGGAUUUCAUCGCGUUUCUGUCGGCUCAGCUGGAACUGCUUCUUGAAUUGCUUGUGCCUCAUAGUCCUGUUCGAUUCCAGGCAGCCAUCGUUGUCGUCACUUUUUCUGGAUUUCCGCAAAUGGCUCGUGCUAUCGGCAGCGACGAUAAUUCGAUUGUUUGCUCGGAAACCGAUGCUGACAUCGUAUUCGUCGUCGACACCACCUCAUCGAACAGCACCUCGUUUCUUGUUCAACAGCAUCGUCUUCUACGAACAUUGAAAAGACUCUCCAGCGUCCUAAAAGGUCGAUCCGUUCGAUAUGGAGUGAUUGGAUUUCACAGACAGCCAGAACUGCUCUUAGAACUGGAGUCACCGUUUGCAACAGAUACGGGGAGGGUGUCGGACCUGAUCUCUUCGUUGAAACCCCGUCAAUCGACGUCGAAUUCAGUGGCACGUGCCUUAGAUGAGGCAAUGUCGUUAUUUUUCGAGUCUCGGGGAUCCGCUGAGCGACGAAAGAUCGUCAUCCUUGCUCACGACGGAGUUAACACAGAUCUUGUGGCGGAGACGUUAGAAGCAGUAGCAAAUGUGGAGAAACUUGGCGCAUCCACUUUUGCGGUCACUGGCAGUUCUCGACCGAACUCAUUCGCCUUACUCGGAUACACAGGUCUUCGAGAGAGGAUCUUUGUGACGGCCGCAGAUAGGGCCGUUUUUCAGGAUGCACUUGAUGAGGCUCUUGGUAUCUGUGUGGAUCUGUCUACACAUUCCCCAACAUCAAAAGCGCCAAAAAGAAGAAGACUCCACGGAGUGCGAGGUCGAAGAGCUGAAGAACAAAAAAGAGUUUUCAAUGUAGGACAGAUAUGCGGUUACGAGAAGGUGGAUCUGACUCUGGUUCUCGACACAUCCGGCUCUGUUUUCCGAGUUUUUGAGGAUCAACGAGAAAUUGCAUUGGAGAUAUUGGACGAGAUCCCUGCUGCUGCUUAUGCGGAUGCGGUUCAGGUGUCUGUUACUCGAUUUGCAGCGAACGCUGACGUCAUUCUGCCGUUUUUGCGAGGUCGACCUGUUGAUGAGAUCAAAGAAACUAUACAGGAAGUGAAAUUCACAGGGCAAAACACAAGAAUUGCUAGUGCUGUAGAAAUAGCACUGGAUGAGAUGGAGAGAGCUAAGCGAAAAGAUGCAAGACAAGUUUUCAUACUGAUUUCCGAUGGUCAUGGUCAGGAAUAUUGGAAUGUUGUGCAGGCCACAGGAAAACGCUUGCAGGAAACAAAUGCUGAACUGUUCGCAGUCUCGGCCAGUCGCGACUACAAUGAAGCUGAGCUACUGAUCUAUGUCGGCGAUAAGAGUCGAGUAUUUGUUGGGCCAAAGUACAGUGGUUUCCUUCCAACUAUAUCGAACUACGUCAAGAGUUGUCUCGACAAAAACCUGAAGUCAUCCGUGGAACAGCCACGUCUACCACCUAAGCAUAAUGUAGACUUAUCAACAACAGAGAGCGCUUUGGCUUUGGAAGAGAUCCUGUCUUCAACAGCCAGCGAAUCGACUCCAGUCACUGAAGCUGAGGAGGAAUUGUCUGAAGGAGGUUCAGGCGACGAUGGUUUUUCUACAACCAUCGAGCCAAUUGAAGCUGCUGGCAGUGAGGUUAUCGAGGAUGAGGUUGCUGACGGACUACGUGAAGAAACGGCGGCCGAAAGGACCGACGAGAGUGAAACCGCAAGAUUUAAGGAUAUUGCGCAGGGUACAUCUUCCUGCGACAUUGACCUCAUACUAAUUAUUGAUCGCUCGGAAAGUGUUGAGGAAGACUUCAGGAGGGAGCUUGCGUUAGCAACUCGGUCCGUAGAACUAUUCGCCCUCAAGGAUUUUGCUUCUGGAAGAAUUCGAGUCGGAGCUGUGAGCUUCGCAAAGGAAGCAAAAGUGGAAUUACCUCUAGCGCUUCGUCUACGUGAGCAGGUCGUUCGAGCUCUACAGGAAAUUCGUAACACUGGAGGUUCUACCUCAUCAGUUUCCGGAGCCCGUCUUGCCAUGCAGCGACUGGUCUCUUCGCGACGACCGUCAGCUCGUCUUGUUUUCCUCCUCAUCUCUGAUGGUCAAAGUCAAGAUCAUUGGCGUGAACUCGUCCAAACUUCGAUGAAUCUUCGUGACCAAUCAAAUAGCGUUCUUCUCGCUAUCACUGCUAGCCUUUCAUUCUCUGAACGGGAACUGCAGGUUUGGGCAGGAGAGAAAUCCAAAGUGUUCCUCGCGAACGAAGAGAACAAUUUCCUGCAUGCGGUCAACAGAGAAGUGAAACAUUGCGGACGCGACGAAGCACUCAGCAAAAUCAGCGAAUUGGAGGGAAUCCAAAAGAAGGAAAAAAGCAGUAAUGCUACUGUUCUCGGCAAUGUUUCACGCCUCACAACAGCAACAACAACAACUGCUGGAACAACCACUGAAGCGACAGCGGAACCGUCGAAUGAGGAGAACGUUGACGACAAUCUCCUUCAAGAAACCAGCACGAUUGGAGAUGCAGAGAUCCAAGCAGCGAUCUCUUCAACACAGCAAACAACCGUCACCGUCUCGAGUUCCACAACUACUAAACACAACAACACUGAAGAAGAGUCUGAGCCCACCACGUCCACGAAAGUUUCUACAACUUCCACACAUCGUUCUUUCACAAACACAACAGUUCUGAGAGAUGUUGUCGAGUCAACGACGUUAUCUGACUUGGAAAUUGAGUCUACGACUGUGGACGUUGACGACACCACCGACGAAGAAGGAUCUGGAGCGGACGAACUUAGAGCCGCUGACGAACGUAAGGCUCAGGGUAUCCGAACCGCCAAGGAUUUGCCGAAAAUCGAGGAGGAAAAAGGAGAAGUGAAGUCUCAAUCAGGAAAAGCAGGUCCCUCUUCCUGCAUGACCGACUUGAUGUUCGUAAUUGACACUUCGACUAGUGUGGAAGCGGAAUUUCAAUUGCAGCUGCAAUUUGCGGUGGAUUUGGUGAAACGACUUCCUAGUGGAGAUUUUGAAAAUCGUGUUCGAAUUGGAGUGGUGGUCUUCAAUUCUAAAUCGUCUGUUGCUCUUAAUAUGGCAGAGCCUCGUUCCAGAUCAGCAGUGCUGGACUCGCUUCUCUCCCUGCGUCAUUCCGGUGGAAGCACCUCAGUCGCUAACGGCGUUAACACUGCUGUGGACGAGAUUGAAAAGAACAAACGAAAGGGGGCCCGUCUGAUGCUGGUGCUGAUAUCUGAUGGGAACAGUCAAGAUCAUUGGGAUGAAGUAAUCAGAUCGUCGAAUCGGCUUCGAACUACUGGAGCUGAAGUCUACGCGGUGACAAUUAGCAAAAGAUAUAUGUUCAGAGAGUUAGAGCUGUAUGCAGGCGAUAAACUACGAGUGUACAUCGACGCAAGAGUACGUCAAUUCCUGGAUGAAACUGAAAAGGCUGUCAUAGACUGUGAAGGUCCAUCCGAGGGAUCCGCCUUGUCUGUUGUUCUUCAAGCUCCAAAAUCGUGUUCUUCAUUGGUCGACUUGUUGAUUGUAUUGGAUACGUCGGCCGCUUCAGCUGAGGAUUUCUUUAUGGAGAAACAAGUGGCUGUUGAUCUUCUUAAAGCCAUUCCAGAGAAUGUGUUUGAGAAACGCCUUUCUAUUUCCAUCAUAACAUUCUCGAAUACCUCUACAGUUGUUUCUUCCUUCGGCUUAUUGCCGAAAGAUGAAGUGGUGUUCGAAAUGGAGCGCAUCGGGAAUUCGACCGGUUCACCAAGUCUUACCACAGCCACUUCUGCAGCGAUUAUGGAAAUAAACGCUCAUCGAAGAAAGAACUCAAGAAUUGUGGUCAUCAUCGUUUCGAAUGGAAAUGGUGGUGAAGAUAAGUGGGAUGAGGUCAAGAAAACAUCGAACAUUUUGCGAUCGUCUGGUGCGGAGAUCUUCGCCGUGUCCCUGUCCGAGACCGCUAACGUGGGCAAGCUGAAGGAAUACACCGGAGAUGCUGAGAAACUAUACGUAGCCGAAAAAUCGGAUAAAUUUAUAGAGGAAAUCGGUUCUUCGGUACUGGCUUGCACAAGUGCCAGCGGAGUGAACAACGUUGAAAGUGAAGAUGUCGUGCCUCACACCGACGUAAAUUUCAAUGAGAAACUCGAAAAGUUCACAAAAGGACAUGUGAAGAGAAGGUGCAAGUAUGAUAAAAUGGAUCUACAAAUUAUUCUGGAUGCUUCUUCUUCCCGAAAAGAGGUGUUCGAACACCAACGUGAACUGGCCCUAUCACUCAUCGAACGUCUGCCAAUCUCCGCUGACGGUGCUCAUGUUGCAAUCGGAAUUAACAGCUUCACAUCGGUGCCUACCCUUCGACAAACUCUUGGACUUGGAAGAGAUAAAAAGAUGGUCCGUGCAGCAAUUGAAUCGAUUGACUAUCGUGGAGGAUCGACUCUGACUGCUCAGGCAGUUGAUCUCAGCGUUGAUGAUCUGCUACGAGGUCGACGCCCCGAUGCUAUUCAGGUUGUUGUACUAAUGAACGACGGUCUCUCACAAGACGCGUGGGAUCGUGUACUUGCGGCCAGCGAACGAUUAGCUGCUACGAAAGCUGAGCGCUUUGGUGUCGCACUUGGCAAAGAGGUUGAUUUGCGCGAAUUAGAACACUAUAUUGGCAAUAAUGAUCGCAUCUACAGAGAUGGUUCAACAGAGAAGUUCCUGAAUGAUGUCGUCUCAUUACUGAAAGGUGAAAAGGAUUGCCCUGAGGACGGUAUUCAAAGAGAGAACAUUGCUCCGCCUCGUAUUACUCCUCGUCGUCAAUUCGCAACCGAUGAUUGCUCCAGCCCUAAUCUGGAUUUGAUGAUAGUGUUUGACAAUACUGAUAAAUCGAACAACAAAAGGGAUUCGGGCAUAAACGCCAAUCGAUAUCUGUUGCUUGACGUUCUUGGAUCUCUGAAACAUGGCGCACGAGUUCGCGUGUCUGUGAUAUCAUUCGAUGCUACUGACGGUACUCCAAAAGUUACGUUGGAUUUCACUGACAUUUCUGGAAGGGAUAAAUUUUUCGCACAAAUAGAAGCAAUUAAAACGAUUACCGAAAAACCUUCCUAUUCCGAUGCGAUAUCGCUAGCCUUAGAUCAUUUGAAUUCUGGAGGACGCGCUGACGCUAAGGCCGGUCUUAUUAUAUUGGGAAAUGGACGAGGCAAGGACUCCGAUGAGGAGAGAAGCGUGGCAGCCACAAGAAUCAGAGAGACUCCCGGUGUCAACUGCUUUGCCGUGGAUUCUUCCCCAUCAACGAAUAUCAACGCUUUAACGACGUUCACAGGCUCGGAGGAGCGUGUCUAUCCGUACGAGAAAAAUGCAGAUUUCGCUAGGCAAAUUAACAAAAUGGCUAACGCAGGCGACAAUCCAAAAUGUCAAUUUGUGUUGGGAACCAUUCGUGAACGCGUUCAUGCAGCUGCCGCUGUUGAGGUACGACCAGUCCAUGAAUGGGUGUACAGUACGCUAGGACCGUUGAAGAUCGAGAAUCCCGUACAAAGGGACAUCAUUGGUGAACCACUAAACCUGGAAAAGUUGAACGAAGGAAAGAAGAAACCUACUACGGUACGAAUCGUCACCACCACAACUCCAAGAACUACCAGGACAACAACACCGAGAACCACCACUACUACCGUACCGACUACGACCACUCAAAGAACAACUCGACUUUUUUCAAGAAGGACCCGACGACCCACUAGUCUUAUUCCACUAACGGAGCCGACUACAAGGACAACACGUGUUCGGACAACGACCACAACAGCUUCCACAACAACCCGCUCACCUACAACGCCUUCUUUCACAACAUAUUUCCCCAGAAAAUUCACGGACGGACCGGAAGAGCCGUCAACAACCUACAAACCAGGUUGCCUCCUCGACGUCAUCGUUGUUCUGGACUCGUCAGGGAGUGUCGAAGAAACGUUCCGCCGUGAAAAAGAACUUGCAGCUGGCAUAGUGUCACGAUUUAGGAUUGGACCAAAUAACGCUAAGAUAUCCAUUAUUAAAUUUGCCGGCACACACAAGGUGAAAACUGUAUGGUCGUUUGCGGAUGUUCAGUCAAAAGGGAAAAUCCUGCGAGUCCUCGAUAGCAUACCGUUCACAUCCGGCACUACUGCUAUUCACUCUGCUCUGCUCAAGGCUCUCUCGGAAUACACGGCUGAUCACGGAGCUCGUCCGGGCAAGGCGCGACCAAUUGCAAUUGUGUUCACCGAUGGUUACGGACAGAAAUCAACGUUCCAAGAGGCGGCAAUGCUAAGAGCGGUGAUCCCAGACACAUUUGCUAUCGCGAUUAAUCACAACUUCCCAAUAUUCCGUCCAGAGCUCGAGGUUAUCGUUGGUCAACCACAACGGGUGUUCACUGAUGCGAAUAUCGGGAAAUUCCACGAUGUCCUGGAGACUAUCGCUGGCGACUGUAUACUCAAUUGA